GUACUUUCCGGCCCAGUGCGUCGACGCGCCGUUGCGUUGGGCGAGCCUCAUGGGGUCUACGUGCGCGGACUAUGACUCCAACGAGUGGUGCACCCUCGCCAGGGGCUACGGCGCAGGCUGGGAGACGGCAUGGGGCUCGUUCGACCACUAUGCAGUUGAAGGCGCGGCGGCCGACCAAGCGUGCUGCGUGUGCGGCGGGGGCCGCGAGGAGGAGACGCCGCGCUUGCUGUGGCCUUCUGCGACGCCCUGCGUUCCGAGGCGCUGGACGCCUGCGCGGCCCUGGCGGACCCGUCGCGCGGUGCAGACGCCUCGGCGCGCCCGCUGCGCGGCGCCGCGGUCGUCGCCACACAGCCGCCGGCGUUCGCCAACUCGGCGUUGGCGGUCGCGGAGGCCGCGGCCGCGGCGCCCAGCCUCGCGGGGCUCGGGGCCGCCGCCGCGGCGGCCGGCGGCAGCGCCGCCGCAGGGACUGGGGGCAUCUGGGCCGGCCUGGCCAGAUUGUGGCACGGCGCCCGGUGAGAUGCGGGCGAGCCGCCUCCCACACGCUGGAGCCGAGCGGUGCUCGCGGCCACACGCAGAGUCGCUGACGCCUUCUGCCCGCCG